AUGACCAAAAAGCAUCCUCGCGGGGUGUCGUUCCUGAUGCAGGAGUACCACCUGGGGGAUCGGGCACUUGUGAUCAUCGACCCGCGUCAGCAUAAGGGCCUUCCGCACAGGCGGUACCACGGCAAGGUGGGAAUAGUCAUGGCAGUCGGCCGCAGGGCCGUAACCCUGAACGUAAAGCUGGGAUCCAAGCCGAAAACCUUAAUCACUAGGCUUGACCAUAUCAAACCGUUUGGUGUAUGA